AUGCCAAACCGCGACAUCAAAAACCUACGCUUGACGAGCUCGUACAUGAGAGAAGUGGCCCCUUUGCGGUUCCAUCGGGUCUUCCUCUCGACCCAUCCGCGCGAUGUUGACGUCUUCCUGGCCGUAGCGAAGCACGAUGCCUUGAGCCAGAAGAUCACCGAGAUAAUCUAUGAUGACGCGCCCUUCAUCGAGCCCGAACUCGGCGGCGACAUGGACAAGGAUUUCUUCGAUUCGUUUGAACGCGCGUACAAGAGCUCCCUACAGAUGAUCAGACAGUACAAAGGCCUCUUCAUCGAGCGUCCCAUCGACGUCCAGAUCGCAAAGCAGCUGAGAGCGCGGAUGACGGCCCAGGAGUCCUACCAGUGUAUCAAGGAGGUCAUGAAGCAGCAGCGGCAAGGCCACCGGACGGAACGUCCUCGUGACGUUGAGGCGCUGCGCGAGGGGCUCUGGCGCUUCACGAACCUACGACGCAUCACCAUCACCCCCUUUGCCCACGGUCUACCCUUCAAGCCGCGGUCUGUAUUCGGUACGAGCGAUGAUUUCCGCGAAUUGUACGAGGCGCAGAGGUCGCGUGGUUUUCGCAAGAUUGUGCGCGAGCUCGCCCAGGAUACACACAACAUCGUCGAAUUCGUGGUCGAGAACAACCAGCUACGGACGGGCAUCACCUCGCAGGUGAUCAGCAAGCCCGGAGACACAUACGGAUACAAAUCCUUGCUCGCUUUGCUGUCGUCUCCUGGCUUCUCUCGGAUCGACCUGCCUCUCUGGUUUGGACGUGGAGGAAUUCGUAACUGGCAUCCCAACGGAGCCAGUUGUCUACGAGCAGCCCUAGGCAAGGCAGUGGGCCUUCAACACGUCAGUCUCUCGACGGAUUUGACCCCCCCGGAGGAUCUCUAUUUGAUUCCAGAUACCCCUGAAGGGGGCAGGGAGCAUUUCACCCCGCUCCUGUCCAUAUUCCCAGUCAAGCAGUGGCCACGGCUCCGGCACUUUGGAUUGUCACGUUUUAUCGUCAUACAGCAGGACCUCUUGGCGCUCCUCUCUGCGCUACCAAGCACCAUCCGCUCUGUUGAGCUGAGCUAUCUGUUCUUCCUCCCUCAUGGAGGUAGGUACGGAGACCUUCUGUACGACAUCAAACAAGAGCUCGACUGGGUCCAUCAACCACCAGGCGUGCGCCCAGAGCUAACGCUCUAUCUAGAGAUGGACCCCCUCAAGCCUGGCAUGUAUGUGGACGUGAGUAAAGACGUGAAUCAAUACUUGUAUGGCAGUGGUGUCAAUCCCUUCAGCGAUGAGGGCGAUGUGGGCGAGCUACCUCGGUAUAGAGUAUACAGGGACGACGGCAUCGGCAUAGAGCGUGAUGCGUUCCAGCCAGAAAAUGAUGUGCCGUAUAUGCAGCCUGAGCUGCUACAGGGAAUGGGCAUUUACAUCCCAGGUAAGCUGGGGGCAUUAUGA